UCUCAAUCUCAAUCCUCAACUGGAACAACGACAACCGAUCAUAUAUAUACGACCUUCGAUUUUCCGAUAAUGACGACGGAGAAAUCCCGGUGGGCUGCCUUCCUCUCCAGCUGCUUAUUCGGCUCCCAAGAAGAAACCACAACCCAUGAUCGGAAAACCCACAAGCGAAAGAAGACGACAAAAAACAAGAAGAAGACGCCCACGUCAUCACCCUCUUCCUCCCCCAAUCCCAAGAAGCAGCACGUCACGACGACAACGACGACCGGCCGGGUCUCCAUCUCCGACCUCAGCAACCCGGACUCCUCGCAGCUGCUCUCCUCCGCCGACCUCUCCGUCUCCCUCGCCGGCUCCAACCUCCACGUCUUCACCCUCGCCGAGCUCAAGGUCAUCACCCAGAGCUUCUCCUCCUCCAACUUCCUCGGCGAGGGCGGCUUCGGCCCCGUCCACAAGGGCUUCAUCGACGACAAGCUCCGCCCCGGAGCCCUCAAGGCCCAGCCCGUCGCCGUCAAGCUCCUCGACCUCGACGGCCUCCAGGGCCACCGCGAGUGGCUCACCGAGGUCGUCUUCCUCGGCCACCUCCGCCACCCGCACCUCGUCAGGCUCCUCGGCUACUGCUGCGAGGACGACCACCGCAUGCUCGUCUACGAGUACAUGCCGCGCGGCAGCCUCGAGAACCACCUCUUCCGCCGCUAUGCGGCGUCGCUUCAGUGGUCAACAAGGAUGAAGAUCGCACUCGGAGCGGCAAAGGGGCUCCAGUUCCUCCACGAAUCCGAGAAGCCGGUCAUCUACCGCGACUUCAAGGCCUCCAAUAUUUUGUUAGACUCGGACUACACGGCCAAGCUGUCGGACUUCGGGCUGGCGAAAGACGGGCCGGAAGGAUCCGACACCCACAUCUCGACCCGGGUCAUGGGGACCCACGGCUACGCGGCCCCGGAGUACAUCAUGACGGGUCACCUGACGUCGAUGAGCGACGUGUACAGCUUCGGGGUCGUGCUGCUGGAGCUGCUGACGGGGAGGAAGGCGGUGGACAAGGGUCGGCCCCAGAGGGAGCAGAGCCUGGUGGACUGGGCCAGGCCCAUGCUCCUGGAGCCCAGGAGGCUGAGCCGGAUCAUGGACCCGAGGCUCGAGGGGCAGUACUCCGAGACGGGGGCCAGGAAGGCGGCGGCACUGGCGUACCAGUGCCUGAGCCACCGGCCCAAACACAGGCCCACCAUGAGCCUCGUGGUCAAGACGCUCGAGCCGCUCGAGGACUACAAGGAUUUCGCCGUGGGGACUUUCGUGUACGUGGUCCCCACGGCAGAGACCAAGAAUGGGGUUGUUGGUCAAAAGGAGUUGGGUGACGACGAGAAGGUGGCGGAAAGUGAUGGGAAGAAGAAGAAGGAAGAAGGUGGACAAGAACAGUAUCAUCAUAGACAUAAGCUCCACCGUCGAGAGGGCGGCGUAAGGAAGCAACGCCGGAGGUCGCCGCCGACGAGUCGGGAGGAAGAAGGUGGGUACAACAAGCAGAGUCCUCGAUCCGACAGAUUGAACUCUCCGUUGCAUCCAAACGCCAAAGGAGCGUGAUUUUUUUAUUCUUGUUUUUUCUUUUAUAAUUAGAAACAAUUUUUUUACUACUAUAGUGUUGCAAGUGUAUAUUUUUUGGCAUUGUAAAUAGAGAUACAUGUGGAGUUUUCUUGAACUAGGACUGAUCAUGUAGAA